GAGCGCGUCGAGCACCGUCGAGGAGAUCGUGGCCCGCCAGUUCGCCGAGCGGAUCGCCCGCGAGCGGGGAAUCCGACUGCCGGCGCGCCAACCGUUCUCCGGAUCGGCGGCAUCUCGUCUGACCGCGCGACGAGGCCGGCAGGCGCCACAGAAGGCCGAACCGCCGAAGCCGGCCAGGCCGACACUUGGACCACCGCGACUCGUCAAGGCAGCCAAGGCUGCCCGCGUCCAGGCCAGGGCAGAGGCCGAGGCACAAGCCAAGGCGGAGGCCGAAGCGCAGGUCCAGACAGAGGAACAGACCAAGGUAGAGACGGAAGCCAAGGCCGCCGCAGAAGCCACGGCGGCGGCGGCACUGGCGGCGGAAGCUGCCGCGGAAGCCAGGCUCAAGGCAGAGGCGGAAGCCACGGCAGCGACGGCACUGGCGGCGGCGGAAGCCACGGCAGCGGCGGCACUGGCGGCAGAAGCUGCCGCGGAAGCCAGGCUCAAGGCGGAGGCGGAAGCCACGGCGGCCGCGGACCAGGUCGCGGCGCCGCCCGCCGCCGCAGCGACGGCGCAACCUGCAGCCACACCGCCGGCCGCUCCGCCUGUCGCGGCCAAGCCAGCGGCGCCGGCGCCGUGGUCCGCCACGACAAUCACCAAACGGACCGGUCGCGUCACACCGCCAACGCUCCGACUGCGCGUCGAAGCACCGAGACCCGUUCCGCCGCCGGCUCCGCCCAGGCAGGCUCCGACUCCCGCAGCCGCGCAGGCCACGGUCGCAUCCGGGCCGGCCGGCGGACGAUAACGCUUGCGGAAGGGAUGACGGUCAAGGAUCUGGCCGAGAAGAUCGAGGUCAAGGCGAAGGAAGUCCUCAAGAAGCUGAUGGAAAAGCGGAUGGUGCUGACCAUCAACACCACGCUCGAUACCGAGACGGCGACCAUGAUCGCCCGCGAGUUCGGCGCCGACGUCAAGAUGCGCACGUUCGAGGAGGAGAUGGUCGUCCUCGAGUCGGAAGUGAUCGAUCCCGGCGACCUCGUUCCGCGCGCCCCGGUAGUGACGGUAUUGGGUCACGUCGACCACGGGAAGACGACGCUGCUCGACGCCAUCCGGGAAACGCGGGUUGCCGAACAGGAGGCGGGCGGCAUUACGCAGCACAUCGGCGCCUACGCGGCCGAGAUCGACGGUCGCCGCAUUGUGUUCCUCGACACCCCGGGGCAUGAAGCGUUCACCAUGAUGCGCGCGCGGGGCGCCAGCGUGACGGACGUCGUGGUGCUCGUCGUCGCCGCCGACGACGGCGUCAUGCCGCAGACGCAGGAAGCGAUCGACCACGCGCGGGUGGCGGACGUCCCGAUCCUGGUCGCCAUCAACAAGAUCGACAAGUCGGAUGCCAAUCCCGAGCGUGUCAAGCAGGAGCUUGCCGAGCGCGAGCUCACGCCCGAGGAUUGGGGCGGCCAGACCGUAAUGGUGCCGGUCUCCGCGAAGAAGCGGGACAAUCUCGACACACUGCUCGAAAUGAUCCUGCUCGUCACGGAGUUGGGCGAGCACAAGGCCAACCCCAAGCGCAUGGCGACCGGCGCGGUGCUGGAAGCGAAGGUCGACCGUGGCCGCGGCCCGGUCGCCACGAUCCUCGUGCAGGACGGGACGCUCCACGUCGGCGACAACUUCAUCGUCGGCACCCACGUCGGCCGAGUCCGGGCGCUCAUCGACGACCGCGGCCAGCCGCUCAAGGAGGCGGAGCCGUCGAGCCCGGUCGAGGUGCUCGGUCUGACCGGUCUCCCGCAGCCGGGCGACGCGCUCCAGGUAGUGGCGGACGCCGCGAAGGCGCGCCAGAUCGCGCUCCUGCGCCAGAACCAGGCCAAGGAAAAGGCGCUCGUCAGCCGCGGCACGCGCGUGACACUCGAAUCGCUGCAGCAGCAGCUCGCCGAAGGCGAGGCGAAGGAGCUGCCGAUCAUCAUCAAGGCGGACGUGCAGGGCUCGGCAGAGGUGCUGGCGGAGUCGCUCGCCAAGCUGGGGGACGAACGGGUCAAGAUUCGGAUCAUCCACACCGGCGUCGGCGCGAUCAGCGAAUGGGACGUGCUGCUCGCGUCGACCUCGAACGCCAUCAUCAUCGGCUUCAACGUACGGCCGGACCGCAACGCCGCCGGCGUGGCGGAGCGCGAAGGGGUCGACAUCCGCAAGCAUUCGGUCAUUUACAACGUGACCGACGAGCUCAAGAAAGCGAUGACCGGGCUGCUGGAGCCGACCACGCGGGAGCGCCAGCUCGGGCUGGCCGAGGUGCGCGAGGUGUUCAAGGUGCCCAAGAUCGGUCUGGCGGCCGGCUGUAUCGUAACCGACGGCAGCAUCACCCGCGCCGGCGACGCGCAGGCCCGCCUCGUCCGCGACGGCGUCAUCGUGCACGAGGGACGCAUCGGGUCCCUCAGGCGCUUCAAGGACGACGUCAACGAGGUGAAGACCGGGAUCGAAUGCGGCAUCACGUUCGAAAGGUUCUCGGACAUCAAGACGGGCGAUGUCAUCGAGGCAUUCACGGUCGAGAAGGUGGCAACCGUCUAG